AUGGAUAGUGGAUCUGUAAUAGCAGGCAUAAAAAUAUUUCCAUCAGUGGUUCAAUUCAAUGAUGCGAUUGCGGAUGAGACUUAUAAACAAACUUUGACGUUACAAAAUGUUAGUGGAUUAUCCAAAUCACUUCGUUUUUCUGGACCUGAAACGGAGGUUUUCAAACUCACUACAAACUUUCAUAAAAAAUGUAUCGCACCUGGUUUGCUAAUAAAGACGACGAUUGAAUAUUGUCCGGCCGCCGAUGAUCAUUAUAAGGAUCGCAUAUUACUUAUAGCAGAUGAUGAUGUCAUUGAAAUACCGCUUUUAGGGAUUUGUCCCGUACCAUUACUUCAUAUUGAAGGAACCGUAGAUUUUGGUACUGCACCUGCUGAUGGAAGAAUUCUUAAAAAACGCGUUAAAAUAAUUAAUGAAGGUUCAAGGAAUGGGCAUUUCGAGAUAUCUUACGCUGGUUCAAAGUCAAUAACAAUUCAACCAAGUUCAGGCAAUGUUGAACCCUAUAGCGAAUUAGAUAUUGAGGUUAACUUUAUCGCGGAUACAGCUACCGAAUUCGAAGAAUAUGCCAGUGUUAUGUUAGAAAGUCGUCCCGAAAGUAAAUUGUCAAUUAAAGGCAAGGUUAUGAGACGUCAAUUAAUGUUGCUUAAUCCCGAUGACACUCAACCUCUGCGAUGUGUCGAGUUUGGACCAACUUAUUACGGUACUCAGCAACAAAAACAAGGAAUCCUAUUUAAUAAUAGUCCUGAUGAAAUCCAAUUUGUUGCAAUUCUGCUAGAAGACCAAUUGGGUCAAGAAGUUGACUCUGAUCUUAGCCUAACAACUGCCCAAGCUCUAACGGAAAAAGCUCAUCAUGAUGGUCGUACAAAUGAUAUCUUAUCUCUAAUUACAACAACCCCUAAUCAAGGAAUUUUGAAGCCUUACGAGAAACUGGCAAUUGAUUUCCAUUUCAAACCUGAAUAUCAUUACUCAGCAAUUGGCUUCAAAAAUAAGCAGCAAUCUCCCCCAAGGCGCGAUUACGCUAUCUACAUGCAAUUUACAUUGGUGCAAAAUAAUUUAAUCAAUAGCGAGCAAGAAAAUAAGCUACUUCAGGAUGGCCAAAAAGGCAUUGAAGUCGCCAUCACAGGUUGUGCCUUACCUGUACUAUUAUCUAUCAAGCCUGACAUGCAGUAUGAUUUUGGAAGUUGUACAGUCAGUGAAAGAACAGAUGCUUUAUUCACGAUUACCAAUGAAUCCAAGGAAUUAGCUGUAAAAUUUAAAUUCAGCAAAAUUGCUCAUUUCUAUACCAAUCCAGGCGAAGGAAAACUUCGACCAUUACAAUCACAAAGUAUAAUUAUAUCUGCUCGCCCUCAGCAACUUGGAUUGUAUAAAAAUAAUAUUAACCUUAACGUUAUCGAUAAUCAUGGCAAAAUCAUUCAUUCUGUUCCAAUCCAUGUUGAAGUAAACUGUAUUGCACUAAAUCGUGAUCAGCAAGGAAAGACUAGUAACGGUCAUAUCCAAAUAGAUUCAAGUCAAAGUAAAGUAGCCAGCAAGAAUAGAUCCAGAGAUGAUGUCCAACUUGCGAAUCCGAAUGAUUUACCAGGGAGUGUGAGACCGGCAGAUCCCAGGUCCCGCGUUAGAUCAAAGUAUACACGGACAGAUCGCUAUACUUAUAUUGAUCCUGAUUAUGCACUAAGCAAAGAAGAAACCCAAAAGCGAGAUAUCAAUAACAUCAAAUAUAGAAAAUACAUUGAUGAUCUCAGGGAUACCAGAAAAAGUCGCCAACGAGACAAAAUGUACCAGAAAAUUGAUAGUGAUAUAGAUUUGGGAAUAAAGCCAGGAGCAGGGCUUGUUCCUCCUACAGCUUCAUUGAAAGAACUGUAUGAUGAUGUUAAAACCUCAAAUCAAAAACCGAAAAAAAAUCAUAUGGUCUUAAGUAAUAAAAUUGUCGAUUAUUGCCAUAAUAUGACGGGCAACGAAGAGGCCCUAAAGCUAGGCUUGGGAACUAUACCUGUGACACAAGAAGAAAUCAGCGAUUGUUCAAGGACUUUAAUGCCUGCUCAAAUACAUUUGAUUAAAUUAGCUCCAGGAACGUUAGAUUAUGGAGAAGUUUGUCAACAAUCCACUAAUUCUAAAUAUCUCCGGGUUGCAAAUAAUCUGGAUAACCAUAUUCUGUUCUCUUUAGAAUUCGAUAACUGCCCUGAAAUGUUGCAAUCAUUUCCUGCAUCUCAAGUUAUACCUCCUAAAUGUGUAGCGCAAUUUGAAUGUAUUUUUGAGGCAAAUCAACUUGGAAGCUAUCAUCGUAAUAUUACCUAUUACAUUAAUCGCAAGCAUAUGAAACAUCUUGUGCUAUUCGCCAAUGUCGUUAGUGUCGAUUUACAAUUGUCCACUAAUAAAGUUGUAUUGAAACCCAAAUUUGGACAGCCAGCACAUGCAGGUAUUCGAGAAUUAGUCUAUGUGACUAAUCCGCGCAAUUAUCCAGCACAAUUUAAAUGGACUUUAAACAACUCAGGAGGCGGAGAACCAACUUACUACAUCAGCCCCGCCACUGGCUAUGUUGAAGCAUUUUCCACCCUUGCAUGUGAAGUUAUCUGUCAUCCAACAUACAGAUCCUCGACUGAAUUUGGGCAAGCUCAGUGCGCUUUUGUAGAAAGAAGGCUUUUAUUUGGUUCGGUACCUCUUCACUUAACUACCACUAAAAUUGUUCUACUGCAAAAUACCGGACAGCAUCAUGCUCAUUUUGAAGUGGUAGACUCAAAUCCUUUCCAAGGCAUGACUAUCACACCAAUAUCUGGAUUAGUUGCAGUAGGAGGAUAUACAGAAAUUAAGGUGGACUUUACUCCGACAGUGGUUCAGAAAUUCGAUACAAGCAUACAUGUUAAGAUUCGCGGAUGGAAAACCAUUUCACUCCGAGUUGGAGGACGUGUUGAAGAACCCCGCGUUGACAUUGAUAAACAACAAUUCUAUUUUGGUGGUAUCCACUGUGGAUCUUUUGGUGAAGAAUCAUUUAAGUUGGUCAACAAGACAAAUACACCGGUUAAAGUUGCAAUCGACUUGAGUAGAUUUCGAGACUUUAAAAUUCGGUGCGAUUCACAAACUAAUCCAGAGAAAUUGAUUAGAGAGGAUGGGAAUCAAAAUUUAUAUACGAUAAGUAUGAACGGCAAUGAAGUCAUCAGCUAUAUACUACAAUUUUAUCCAUCAGAGGUUGCAUCAUACGAUUUUUAUCUCCCGGUUACAAUUAACGAAAUAAAUCCCCCUUCUCCACCCCAAUCUCCACUACCACCAACGCCAACUACAUCGAAAUAUAGUUAUCCACGUAUUGAUACUCCUACCACCCUAACUCAGUUAGCCACUCCGAAGCGUCAUGUUCUGGCAACUGCUUUACGACCUCUUUUGCAAUUAUCUCACACUCACGUAGAGUUUUUACUAAGUGCAGAAUAUACUAGUGAAGAACAAAUGGAUAAACCUCUACAGGGCUGUAUGGUCGCCAACUGUACUGAUGAUGAAUUAGAGUGGUUCUUGGAUAUUGAUACGGCUACCAAUCCUCAGUUAGAAGCGUUCCAAUUCUUGGAUAAAGAUGGUAAUCAGUUCGAAAAUGGAAAUCUAAAACCAGGGGAAAGUAGCCUGCUUGGAAUUGUUUUUAAUCCAGCUCGACCUGGUAUCUAUUCCGCUUCGCUACCGGUUUGCGUUAGGAACAAACGGCAGGCAUUGCGUGAAUUAAUGCUACAUGGAGAGCUAAGAGCACCAGUUAUAGAGUUUGAACCUAGAGAAGUCUGGUUAAGCCCAGCUCCUAUUGAGACUGAAGUGGUAGCUUCGUGUGCUCUAAUUGCCAGUGGAUUUAAUAGGGAUACAGAAAUUGAAUGUUUUAUACCAGAAUGUGAAUUGGAAGACGGUAGUCUAGCUCAGGUUUUAUGCGUUGAAUUUCCGAAGGGUAGAUUGAUCCAGGGGCAUGUUCAAAAUAAAGCCGAAUGUGAUAAUUCUUCUCUUCCUUUCAUCAUUAAAUUUCAAACGAGCAAGCCAGUUUCAACUAUUAUACCGAUACAAUUUAAGGAUUCCUUUGGAAAUAGCUAUACCUUAAAUGUUGCCGUGACUGGUGAAAAUUGCCUACUGACUGCUUAUCCGUUCAUCGCAUCCAAAAAUAAAGACCAUCAUAUAAUCCGAAAUCAGCAAGAUUCCCCUUUACCUUUUGUUGAACCAAUUUUAGUAAAAUGUGAAGCAUUAUCAGAUCACGAACAAUCUAUUGAUAAUACUAGUUCAAUAUUCGACAAUAUUACACCAUUUACUGAAGGUGAUGAAGGUAUUGAAUCCGAAAUCACAUUGAGCAAUCUUAACAUUAUUGACAACCAGGGCGAUGAUGAGGAUGAAGACGAAAUCGAUCGGCGUGAUAGACAUGCCGCCACUGAUACCAGUCAUAGCUAUUUAGCUAAAGCAGUUAAAGCUGUAGAAAGGUGGUACUCAUUUCAUGGUUGGCCUGGCGGAAUAUCACCAACAAUUGUGCCUAAAUCGUGUUAUAUAUCUAUUGCACGGAGUAGCAGCGUUACACGUGCAGGUCGACUAGAAUCAAGUAGUAAUGGAAAGCGAGAAUCUAAAACCAUUUUCGAUUUAAUUCAUCAUUUAUGUGGUAGACAUGUGCCUGGUAUUCCAAUUAAUUCUCCUCUACCAUCUAAUUUAAUGGAUAAAGCAGCACAUCUACAUUGGCAAUAUUCGACCCUUUUGACGUUUUUAAGAACACAAGGUGGUAUGGUUGGCUCAAUUCGAGCCGAAUAUUUGUUGGAACCCCAAUGUUAUGAGAGUUGGAUCAAACAAACUGGCCAAUAUUCUUACAAUUUAGAGCAGUUUAAGCGAAUUUCGAUACGUUCUUGGACGCACAUUUUACUACAAUUGCAUAAAGUUUUCAUCUUAAAUCGUGUCACGCAACGCCGAUAUAAAAAGAUUGCAUUAAUUGACGGUACUAAACGAUUGGACGCUAUUAACCCAGAUCCUUUAGCAAGCAAUAUCUACAAUAUGUCGGAACGUAUCCUAUUGGAUUGGUUAAAUUAUCAUUUCGAAAAGCAAAGACAUGAAAUUUGGCCAGAUCAAACUCCUGCAGCAAGAUGGGUUGUCAAUUUUAGUGAUGAUUUAAUGGAUGGACUAGUUUUAGCUUGUGUUUUAGGUGCUUACGCGCCAUUUUUAAAUGUUACUUACAUAAAAAUGUUAUACACUAAUCCCAAUAAUACACAGCAAUGCUUACACAAUGCGAUCCAUAUUAUUAACGCAAUUCAAAGCCUUGGUCUCGAAUAUGAUAUCCAAGCCAGCGACAUUAUGAAUCCCAAUCCAGUUUCAUUACUGAUGUUAACUACUUUCCUAUUUGAUCGAUUACCUCAUUAUCAAUCAAAGAGUACCAUAGAAUUUCAAGGAGCUUUGCAUAGCACGAUUCUUAGGCAAAUCCGCUUGCAAAACCCUAGCACUAAGCCAUUACAUUACAGCAUUAAUAUUGUUGGUCAGGAUGCUCAAGAUUUUUCAGUUCAUUCUAAUCAUAUCCAAAUUGCCCCACAUAAAAAGGUCGAUCUAGAAGUAGCCUUUAAGAGUCGAUUUCUACGCGCUGCUCAAGCAAGUCUAGUCUUGGUUGGACGACGUUUGGGUAGUUCACAAGCAUCAACAUUAGUCUUUAAGAUGAAUGCGGUAAUUGAUAUCAUUAAACCGAUAAACACCUUGUCGACGGAAUCUCCCUGCUUUGAAGUUAAGCCUCUAACUUUAACUAUCAGCAACCCAUUCGAUAAAGGAGCUUUAUUUCGUCUAAUGCUAAUUGAAUCUUGCGAUCAAGCGGGACCAUCACAUCAUUCUCGUUUAAUGACUGAUCGGGUAGAUACAAGUCCAGCAGAAUUAAAAUCGUCUAAACAUGAACAGCUGCAAGCCUUCUGGUCUAAUAGCAAACAAAUUUACCUUAACCCCAACGAAUCAACAACAAUCGAAAUAGAAUUCUUACCUUUCCAUCUAGGUCUUCAUACUUGUUCCGUUUUACUUGCGAAUAACGUUGUUGGCGAAUUUUUAUAUUUAAUCCGAACUAUGGCGACUUUACCUUUACCUUCUGUCGUACCAUUUGUUAGCAUACCUGGAAGUGUCCGUAUAAGUAGUGCAGCGGCUGCAGGGCGCGGUCAAGGCUUAUUUGGUGGGGAUCCUACUAUUAUUUAUUGGAGAUGUAACGCAGAUCAAAAACUAAAUGAAGUUAUUAAGCUGCCUAUAGUUAAUACAGUACGUGAGCAAGCACUAGCUAUUGCUGCUAAACAGCAAAUGUCUCAGGAUGAAAUAGAGAGGCGCAAAUUAACAAAAACUCUACGGAGCUGUACAGUUUUAGCAGGUGUAGCCGCCAUGAAGCUUAAAAAUGCUCCAGCAGGAUAUGAGGAAUUACCGGAAAGUGAAUAUCAGGUUCGAGUCAGUUCAAAGUACUUCUCAACUCCUACUACUAUUCCUAUUUUGGCCCAAUCUUCACCUCAUGAUAAAAAUAAAUUAAGCGUACCUAUCAAGUUCGAGCCUCAUGGUGCUGGCCACUACCCUUGCCAAGUAAUCUUACUCUCGAAGUAUGAUAUUCGAGUCUUAAAAGUUGAGUGUACCGUAACCGCUACGGUUGCAGCUGCGGAUCUGGAAUUUCACAGCCCAGCAUAUCAAUCAAUUAAACAGGAGAUUCCUAUUGCAAAUUAUACAAUCGAGGAUUGGUAUCUCGAAGCAAAAUUAUCUGGAGAAGGUUUCGUUGGACCUUCUCAUUUAGUAGCUAAAUCAUUCAUGACAACCUAUUUUCCAGUAUAUUUCAGGCCAACUCAUGAAUAUACUACUACGGGCCGAUUGGUUUUAAGCAAUCAAAAAGAUGGCAAUACUCAUAUCUUCAAUCUGAAAGGAUUUGGUGAAAAACCUCUUGCUUUGGACGAGAUCGUCUUAAAAUGUCAAGCUAGGAAAAGUCUAACGCAUGUGAUACGCAUCCCCAACGUUUCAAGGAAAUGGGUAACAUUCAAGAAGGAAGAUUAUGUCAAACAAUUAUCUAUGCAGGUUGUUACCGACAUAGCUUGUGUAACUGGACCAGGUAAAGUUUCUGUUGGUCCUGGUAAAGAUGCUGAUUACGAAUUCAUUGUCACUCCGUUGCGUCGAGGACAGCAUAAAGGGAUAAUAUCUUUCAUCGCUGAAGAAUCAGAAAUAUUUCCAAUGGGUAAAGCUUAUGCAAUAGACCAACAAGAAUCUAAUGAAAAUAGUGAUGAAAACAGCGACAUGGGCAGUGAAAAUCAUGGAUUAUCAUCUUAUAAUGAUGAAACCAAAUUAGCAUACCUACCAAAUAAAGCAGAUGAUCUAGCAUUAAAUACACUAAUGGAUAUGCCCAUUGGUAGUCAUAAAGUAUGGUAUGCCGUAGAAAUUAACGCUGAUCCCCCGCCACCAGAAAAAGUUUUUGAUGUUUCUUGUGCUGUACAAAGUUCCUGCGCGAUAGAAAUUGGAAUUGCAAACCCUACCGAUAGCGACAUCAAUUUUCAAGUCCAAAUCCUUCAUUCACAGUGUUUAAGUGCUGCCGAUAAUUUGCGCCUUCAAUCAAAUGAAUCAACUAAAUUUCGAGUCAUAUACUCACCAACCAUAAUUGGAACGUUCAGUGCAAGCAUUCUAUUCCAGAAUGAAAUUAUAGGAGAAUUUUGGUAUGAAUUGAAAUUGAAUGCAUUGCCUCCUGAGCCGACGCAAUUGCAAGAUAUGAAAUGUGAACUUGGAAAGUCUUGCAAGCAAAUGAUACAACUGCAAAACCCAACCGAUGAAAUUUUACAUCUUACUCCACAGUGCUCGAAUACUAGCUCUUUCCGCCUUGAUAUUCCUUUAAACGAGGAAUUUACUUUAGAUGCUCAGUCUUCUAUCGAAGUGCCAUUAGAAUUUGUACCUUCCAUGCUUGGCUUAUGUAAUCAGAUGGCCGUCAUCAAUUUCAAGAGUACCGAGAUUGGUGACUGGAGAUUUAGUGUUAAAGGCUAUGGUUUAGUCCCAUCUAAAGUCGAUCCAGUUUAUGUCAGUUCGUUACUUGGAGCUAGCGCUUCGCUAAUUUUACCAUUUCAUAACCCAUUUAAUGAGCCACUGCGUGUUACUGUGGAGCUGAUUGACAAAGAUAAUAGCAAUAAUCCUGCGGUACAACAGCCCGUAUUUCGGUUGCUGUUGAAGCAUACUCAUAAUAUUACCUUACAAGCUAAAGGAACUCUGGAAAUACCCUUUACCUUUGCACCUGAGAAUAUGACAUUCUUUGAAACAACCUGCUGUAUUAAUGUUAAGAGGCAAGAAGAUGUGCCAUUUGUUGAUGAUGCAGGCAAUCCGUUUGAUCAUUUACAGUGGCACAUUCCAAUAUUUGGAAUACCGGAAUUAGUUACCGUUGAUUCAAACGGUGCCGUUGUACAUUGCCAAUCACGCAGUCGCAUAGAAGAGAGACUAGAGAUUACCUUAAAUCAUCAAGCAGAAACAGCAACUGAAGAGAAAAACCAUACUUUGUUGACUAGAGCAAUAACACCGUCACCUCAAGAUUCAUUUUUAAUGGAUGAUGAGAUCAUGUUAAAUGAAGACUUCGAAUAUAGGCUUGUUUAUGCAGAUGAUGCUAAUAAGACUUUAAUUGAACAAGCUGUAGGUCUAAGUUUGAUCCGAAAAAUUAUUAAUUCUUCGACAAAUUCAAUCCGAUUGGUAUUUCAUUUAAUUUUUGCACCUUUCAAGCCAUUCAACGCAACGGUCCAAUUAGUGGUUACUGCUAAGAAACGUGGAGUUUGGAAAUUUCCUUUAAAAUUUCGAGCAUCAUCACCACAAGUUGAUGAUACCAUAUCAAUUGAAUCUGUUGGAUUAAAUAAAGAAUCUGUUAUUACAUUCCAUUUGCAUAGCCAAGAAAAAUUUCCAGUUCCAUUUGAGGCGUAUUUCGAGCAUCGUUCUGAUGCUGCUUUCACAGUAUUUCCAAAGUAUGGGGAACUACUGCCUUUAGGAACUCAAGGAACAGCGUUUACAAUUACCUAUAAACCUUCCACUUACGGCAGAACACAUCGUGCUAAAUUAAUUGUUCAGACGAAGAAUAUGGAAUGGACUUAUGCAGUUAAAGGCUUACCCAAAGACUAUGUCCCUCCUUCAGGCCAUAGCACUGUCCAUGCAACUAGUCAUUCACUUAUCCAUAGAAGGCGUAAUUUCGUACAGGAAAAUCUAAAAUUAACUACUGCUGGAGUCUCAUCACCAAUUAAAGGAGGGCCACUAUUGCAGUCUAAACUUAAUUUGAUGAAAUCGUUAUAG